AUGUUUCCUAUCAUCGAAUUAUUGUAUCUAUUUUUCGGAAUUUUCUUCUGUCAUGCUGUUCAAGAGAAUAAAACAGUUUUAUCCUAAAUUAAAUUUGGGUACAAAGAAAUCAAUGAUUUUAUAAACAUGGAAUCUUUGCGAGAUAAGGAGCGCUACCGGUUGGAACAAGAAGCGUUUGUUUCAAAUCAUGGAGGGACAACGUCACAAGAGGUUGUUCACGUUAUUUUACCAAACGUAUGCGGUGUUCUGUUAACAAUAACUACUUUAGGCCUUUAUGGUAAAUACUUGCAUAGAAAUGUUAAAAUUGUCAUAGAAUUUGUUUUAACUGUCAUACCAUGUGUUUUUUGUUGUACAGUAUUAUCAGAAUAUGUCAGUAAUAUAUGCGUGAUAAUGAUCAUUCUUUCUUUUAUAAAUAUUAUGUUAAUGAGAAUUAAAGUACAUGCAUUGACAAAUUGCAUAUUAAGGCCGAUAAAAGGUAAAAGACCAUUUGUAACAAAUUUCCGAGCUCUUUCAAAUAUUAUUACAACGAUAUGUAUAUUAGCUGUUGACUUUCGUAUAUUUCCACGAAAGUUUGCCAAAACAGAAGUAUUUGGUUAUAGUUUAAUGGAUACCGGUGUUGGUAUAUUUAUAUUAGCAAAUGCAUUGGUUGCACCAGAAGCUCGUGAUUUCGGUAGUCCACCAAAAGUAGGUUUCUUUGGUACACUAUCAAGGAAUCUUAAAAAUCCUUUAAAGAGUUCUUUACCAUUAUUGUUGUUAGGAUUAGGACGAUUUGUAGCUAUUGAAUUCUUAGGUUAUCAAAGACAUAUUACUGAGUAUGGAGUUCAUUGGAAUUUUUUCAUAACUUUAGCAUUUGUCAAAUUAUUUACUAGAACAAUAACGAGCACAAUAAGUUCAAGGUAUUCUUUACUUUCUGGUAUAUGGAUUUUGGCUAUGCACGAGUAUAUCUUAACUAAUAAUGGUUUGAAAGAAUGGAUUUUAAGUAAUGAACCAAGAAUUGAUUUUAUCACAGCUAAUAGGGAGGGUCUCAUGUCUAUACCAGGCUAUGUAGGAUUAUAUCUUAUUGGAGUUGCAGUUGGAAGAUUAAUACAUUCUACUUAUUUAAAUUUAAACUCGAGUACUACUUUAAAUCCCAGAAAAAAUGUUCAUAUUAAGAUAUUUGGAUACGAUUUAGAUGCAAGUUACAAUGAAUCGAUGAUACUAUGUGUUAAAUUAUCAUUGAUAGCAGCCCAAGCUUGUGCUGCAACAUUGUUUUGCGAUAAAUACUUCAGGGUAUCGAGAAGAUUAGCCAAUGCAGGUUAUUGCGCAUGGAUACUUACAUUAUCUACUAUGAUGCUUACGCUUUUAUUACUUAUUGAAGUAGUAACAGAUAUAUUAAUUUAUGCAACAUCAGAUUAUAAAAUUAUAGACAAUACAAAUGACAAGAUAACAGAAAAAAUGGGCGAAGUAAAACAUAGAAAACACAAAGCUGGUUUUAAAACUAAACGAGAAAAUAAGCAGGAUGCAAAACAAGAGAUUUUGCAAGAGUUACCCGUUGAAAGUCCAAUUAAAAGGACUUUAGAAAUAUUUGAGGCUGUGAAUUAUAAUGGACUUAUUUUUUUUUUAUCAUGCAAUUUGUUAACAGGUGUUAUUAAUUUACUUAUAUCAACGUUAUAUGUUGGUAAAAAUACAUCUCUUCAAAUAAUAAUUUUAUACAUGGCUGUAAACAUACUUUUCAUUUUAAUAUUAUACAGAUGCCAAAUUCAAGUCAAAUUGUAAAAUAAGUAUACAACAUAAUGAAAUGAAAUUUGUGUAUGACAUGCAUUAAAUGUACAAUGGAACAAAGGAUGUAUGUCACGUAUUAAUACCAUCGAUGCUCGUUGAUGAGCAUAAUGUCUUCUAUAAUCUAAUAGUAGAAAGUUAACCCUACGUAACAUAUAGUUACUUACAAUUAAUGAUUCAAUAUUAAUUAAUAAAUUAGUUAUAGAAAAUAAUCACUGCCACGUGCAAUGCACAGACAUAUCGAGAAACAUCUCAUAUUUAUUUUUUUUUAUCAAAACAAAUAUGUAUGUACAUCGGUAUAAAAAUAAGAAAAAUAGUUUAACUGGUAACAAAGUAUUUGUUCUUUGUGUAAUUAUAAUUGCAACAGUAUUUGACACGAUAAACCCGUUGUGUAGCA